UUGCCUUACCUGCCAGGCAAGAAAGUGAAUAAACCCUUCAUUUUGUAUUUCUUAUUCAUAAAGGAUUGCAGAGGGAUCAAACAUGAUGGAAAACAAUGAUACAGACUCAGCUGUAUCAAUGAUCAAGAAGUAUUUGGAAGAUAUUAAUAAUCCACUGAACAUUGCUGUCACAGGAAGGAGUGGAGUUGGAAAGUCCACCUUUGUUAAUGCCUUCAGGGGGAUAGAAAACAAAGAUGAGAGAGCGGCCCCUACAGGUGUUGUGGAAACGACCAUGAAGCCUGAGCCUUACCCACAUCCAAGACACCCCAAUGUUACAUUAUGGGAUCUCCCGGGAGUUGGGACCCCCGAAUUCCCAGCUGAUCAGUACCUGAAGGUCGUUGAGUUUGAAAAGUUUGAUCUUUUUAUUAUUGUAUCAGCUGAUCGCUUCACUGAGCAUGAUGCCAAGCUGGCUCAGGAGAUCAAGACAAUGGGCAAGAAUUUAUAUUUUGUCCGCUCUAAGAUUGACCACAAUCUAGAAGCAGCGCGAAAGAGCCAGAGGGAGUACGAUGAAGAAAAGACACUUCAGGAAAUCAGGGAAAACUGCAUUCAAGGACUUGAAAAACAGGGUGUUGCGUCUCCUCAGGUCUUCUUGGUGUCUAUUUUUGAUCUCCACUUGUACGACUUCCCUGCCCUCCAGGAGACCAUGGAGAGAGAGCUUCCCUCACACAAGAGAAAUUACCUGAUCUGUAAUGAUCUUCCACUGCACAUUGCUGUCACAGGAGAGAGUGAAACUGGAAAGUCCACCUUUGUUAAUGCCUUCAGGGGAAUAGACAACACAGAUGAGAGAGCGGCCCCUACUGGUGUGGAAACGACCAAACCUGAGCCUUACCCCCAUCCAAUAUACCCCAAUGUUACAUUAUGGGAUCUCCCGGGAAUUGGGACCACCAAUUUCCCAGCUGAUCAGUACCUGGAGCGCUCUGGGUUUGAAAAUGUCGAUUUUUUUAUCAUUGUAUCAGCUGGUCGCCUCAGGGAGAAUGAUGCCAAGCUGGCUCAGGAGAUCAAGAAAAUGGGCAAGAAGUUUUACUUUGUUCGCUCUAAGAUUGACCACAAUCUAAGUGAUGCAAAAAGGUGCCAGAGGGAGUACGAUGAAGGAAAGACACUUCAGGAAAUCAGGGAAAACUGCAUUCAAGGACUUAAAAAACAGGGUGUGGCAUCUCCUCAGGUCUUCCUGGUGUCUAGUUUUGAUCUCGAUUUGUACGACUUCCCCGCCCUCCAGGACACCAUGGAGAGAGAGCUUCCCUCACACAAGAGAGAUGUUUUGAACAGGGGCAUUCCUAAAGUCUGCAAAAGCAUCAUUAACAAGAAGAAAGAGGUUUUCAGGUCACAAAUUUGGUACUAUGCUUUAAUUUCUUCAACUGUAGCAGCUGUACCUCUCCCAGGGCUUUCCUUCACUGCCGAUCUAGGGAUCCUAGUCAGUGUUCUUACAAACUAUUUGAAUGGAUUUGGUCUGGAUGAGAAGUCACUAGCGAAACUUUCCAGAGAGGGAUGUCAACAGGCUGUUAAAAAGACAGAACCCCCCGCAGGACCAGAUGCUGUCUCUCCCUCGACAAUAAGGUACUGUGCUGACCAGCUGUCUCCAGUGUUCACAAGCAUCUUUAACACCUCACUGGCUGAAUGUGUGGUACCUGCCUGCUUUAAAACAUCCACCAUCAUCCCCGUUCCGAAAAAGCAGAGGAUCUCAGGCCUUAAUGACUACAGACCAGUCGCCCUGACCUCUGUGGUAAUGAAGACCUUCGAGCGCCUCGUGCUGACCCACCUCAAGGCCAUCACCAACCAUCUCCUUGACCCACUGCAGUUUGCCUACAGAGCCAACAGGUCUGUUGAUGACGCAAUCAACAUGGGACUCCACUACAUCCUCCAGCACCUUGAUUCCCCCGGCACCUAUGCCAGGAUCCUGUUUGUUGAUUUCAGCUCGGCAUUUAACACCAUCGCCCCAGCUCUCCUCCAAGACAAGCUAACACAGCUGAACGUGCCUGAGCCCACCUGCAGGUGGAUCACUGACUUCCUGUCAGACAGGAAGCAGCGAGUGAGGCUGGGCAAGCUUGUCUCGGAGCCUCGGACCAUCAGCACUGGAGCCCCCCAAGGCUGUGUGCUCUCUCCUUUACUUUUCUCCCUCUACACCAACAACUGCACCUCCAGCCACCCCUCUGUCAAACUCAUAAAAUUUGCGGAUGACACCACCCUCAUUGGAUUAAUCUCAAAUGGGGAUGAGGCCGCCUACAGAAAUGAAGUCGACAGUCUGGCUUUCUGGUGCAGCCAGAACCACCUGGAGCUGAAUGCUUUAAAAACUGUAGAGAUGGUAGCAGAUUUCAGGAGGAGCCCAGCCCCAACCAUCCCCCUCAUCAUGUGUGACUCCCCAGUUAACUUGGUGGAGUCUUUCAGAUUCCUGGGAACAGUCAUGGCACAAGACCUAAGGAAGGCGGAGAACAUCACCUCCAAAAUCAAGAAGGCCCAGCAGAGGACGUUCUUCCUUACCAAAACCUCUCGCCACUUGAACAGUUUUUUCCCCACGGCAGUUGGGCUCACAAACAAGCCCCCUGCAUCACAAUGA